GCAUAUUAUCUCAUGCAGUCACCUGAGACGAAGGCGGUAGGUGAUGCCAUCGGAUUUGGGUCUGCUUUCCUCUUUGCUGCUGUAUUUGGUAUACGGUUGGCUGCGACUCGAAAAUUAAUUCCUUCUGGACUAUUAUUGGGCCUUUCUGCUGGUGCCUUGGUAGUUUUCUUUUCUUCUUAUAUGCAAGAUAAGUUUUAAAUCAUGCAGGAGCUGUAACCUUGAGCCUUUCUUCAUAGAUACUGGCUUGAUUUGGGUCUGUAAUAUGAGAUGUACAAUAUGAAGGAUGGUGGUUCUGCAGGAAUAUUAUUUAUAGGUUGUAUUCAUGCUGGUGAGGUAAUUCUGCUCUGCUGCAUUUUCCGCA